AACUAGUUUGUUUAAGCAGCUCCACCGUUACGAUGAGGAAUUUGCUCCGUCUAACCGCUUCACGGGCAAUUAAUUAGACCUCUCUCUCAAAUUCCAGCGUCCCAUGUGUGUUGCAUCGACUUAUCGGAGACAUUUCGAGUUAUUAAUCUAUCUUCAGUCGCGUGUGGAGAGCGCUCGCCGCCUGAGGAGAACGCACUUUUGAUAUACCUUUUGGAUGGAGGGAAGGCGCGGAAGGCAGUGACUGUGUGGAUUAAGCAGGCGGGGAAGUACUUGUAAAAAAGGUGCUUUGGUGAAAAGGUCUCUCUGUUGAGAUUUGAUUUGACUUGCCGGUUUUUAAUGCGGACGAAAGCUCGCGCUCGAGCGAGGUGCGUCGACGGGCGGGAGGAGAAUGGCACGAGCUUCCGCGCUUCUGAAGGGAAAACAAGUACUUGGCUUUCUUGAGGGGCGUCGGGCACAUCGCGCAGGAAUUUGACUGUCCCUCAUAGUGCGUAUUUUGGAGAUACCUAUCUAUUACGUCGAAAGGAAGAGAGCAAAAAAAAAAAAACGUUUGGAUUUUAGUGUCUUUGGAUAUGGGCUUUGGGGAGUUGGAUGCCUUCAUAUCACGCGCACCUUUGAAUUCAGCGUGAAUCCAGUGGAGCACAACAUGGGAAAAUAAUGACAAGUGAGAAGAUUCGGUUCCUCUGACCCUCGGUGCUUCAAGCAGGACUGGCGUUCCUUCUGCUAGGUGUAAAAACCUGAAUUACAAUGGAAAAACUGCUCGUCUGCUUGUUGGUUAUCGGAAUGGCAGUGAAGGCCCAGAUCUGUCCAAAGCGCUGCGUCUGUCAGGUUCUUUCCCCCAACCUCGCAACACUCUGUGCCAAAAAAGGGCUGCUCUUCGUCCCACCCAACAUCGACAGGCACACCGUGGAGCUCCGGCUAGCUGAUAAUUUUGUCACCAGCGUAAAACGGAAAGACUUGGCCAACAUGACCAAGCUGGUGGAUCUUACGUUAUCAAGGAAUACAAUAAGCUACAUCACUCCACACGCAUUCGCAGACCUGGAAAACCUACGAGCCUUGCAUCUAGACCACAACCGCUUGACGCGAAUAGCCAACGACACCUUCAGCGGCAUGUCGAAGCUGCAUCAUCUAAUCCUGAACAACAACCAACUGACCCUCAUCCACAUGGGAGCCUUUAAUGACCUACUAGCCCUCGAAGAACUGGAUUUAUCUUACAACAACCUCGAGACCAUCCCCUGGGAGGCCAUUCAAAAGAUGACCAGCCUACACACUCUCAGUCUGGACCACAAUAUGAUUGAAUACAUUCCUGAGGGGACGUUCUCCCUCCUACAGAAGCUCAAUCGCCUGGACGUGACCUCCAACAAGCUCCAGAAGCUCCCACCGGACCCUCUUUUCCAACGGGCGCAGGUUCUGGCAACAUCCGGCAUUCUGAAUCCCUCUUCUUUUGCGCUAAGCUUCGGAGGGAAUCCUUUACAUUGCAACUGCGAGCUACUGUGGCUUCGGCGGCUCAAUCGCGAGGAUGACUUGGAGACCUGCGCCACACCUUUGCACCUCUCUGGACGCUAUUUCUGGUCCAUCCCAGAGGAGGAGUUCCUCUGUGAGCCGCCCCUCAUUACCAGGCACUCUCACGAAAUGAGGGUUCUGGAGGGCCAACGAGUGGCAUUAAAGUGCAAAGCCAGGGGAGAUCCUGAACCUGCCAUACAUUGGAUAUCUCCCGAAGGAAAGUUAGUCUCAAACACGUCACGCACGCUGGUUUACAACAAUGGCACACUGGACAUCCUGAUAAGCACAGUUAAAGACACAGGCUCUUUCACCUGCAUUUCCUCCAAUCCUGCUGGGGAGGCCCAUCAGACCAUAGAGCUGGUCAUCAUUAAGCUUCCACACAUCAGCAACAGCACAAAUAACAUCCAGGAGCCGGACCCAGGCUCUUCUGAUAUCUCCACUUCCACAAGGGCAGGAGCAAACGGUGGCAACCACACCGGUGACACCAAGACCAGCUCCGAUAAGAGGGUGGUUAUGGCAGAAGCCACAUCAUCCACGGCACUUAUCAAGUUCAACUUUCAGAGGAAUAUACCUGGAAUACGCAUGUUUCAGAUUCAGUACAAUGGAACCUACGAUGACUCUCUUGUUUACAGAAUGAUUCCCCCAACGAGUAAAAACUUCCUUGUGAAUAACCUGGCGGCCGGGACACAGUACGACCUCUGCGUGCUGGCCAUUUACGAUGAUGGCAUGACCUCCCUGACGGCCACGCGGGUUGUGGGCUGCGUCCAGUUCACUACAGAAUCAGAAUACCUGCGCUGCCACUUCAUGCAGUCCCAGUUCUUAGGCGGCACUAUGAUCAUCAUCAUCGGUGGCAUAAUCGUGGCCUCUGUCCUCGUCUUCAUCAUCAUCCUCAUGAUCCGCUAUAAAGUGUGCAACAGCGGCGACGCAGCAAAGGGAACGUCAGUCAUCGAUGUGCACUCGCAAACCAACGGUGCGCAAGGAUGUACCGUCACUCCGUCUGCAUCCAAACAAGGUGCUUUGAGCUUGGAGGAAGGCGAGGGGGGCAAAAAGAGCUCACCUGCACCUCUUCCUCCACCUCCGGAUUCCCAAACGCACACCUCAGAGACCUCCAUCCCAGACUGCUCCACCUCCACCUCCACGGUAAGUCAAAGCUGGGCGACUCCCGGCUCUUCAGGGUCACUAAAGCCAAAGCGCAAACCAGCGCCAAAGCCCGUCCCGUCAGCUGAGCAGCCCAAAGUAGAGGUGCUGCCCAAUGCAGAGACGCAAAAUACCAAUCGCAACAACUCCACCGCCCUUCACCAACCUGCCCCGCCCCCUCCGCCCCCAUCCCGCUUCAAAGACACCCCCAUUUUAAGAAGGGCACGUCCGUCUUCGUCCAAGUAUAUGACUCUGCCCGUUGAAGGAGCGCGGGCCAAACGCAGGUACUCUUUGAACGAGAACCUGUCGAAACAUCACUGCUACAUUGGCUCGCAGAAGCUGGGAAAUGUGUUUUGCAAGCGGAGUAUGUCCAUGAACGGAAUGCUCGUCCAAAUGGCAAACUCUAAUCUAGACAGCGAAAAAGCGGCGUUUUCCAGUUCCGAGUGGAUUCUUGAGAGCACAGUGUGAAUGUAUGAUGGAGUGCCUGCAUCUCAUUGUUUGUAUGUGUGUGUGGGUGUGUUUGUGUGUGUGUGUUUAGAUCAGUGGUAGGUAAUUUUAGUCUUGGAGGGCUGCGGUCCUGCAGAGUUUUGAUCUGGCCUAGAAUAAAAACUCACCUGAAUGUAGCU